AUGGCUACCUCAAGCGCCAAAUCAGUCCACGAUUUCACCGUUAAAGAUGCUAAGGGAAAUGAUAUUAAUCUUGGUGACUACAAAGGGAAGGUCCUCUUAAUUGUCAACGUUGCCUCACAAUGUGGCUUGACUAAUUCGAAUUACACAGAGCUGAGCCAGUUGUACGAGAAAUACAAACAGAAAGGUCUGGAAAUUCUGGCAUUCCCUUGCAAUCAGUUUGGGGCACAGGAGCCUGGAUCUAAUGAACAGAUACAAGAGUUUGUUUGUACUCGCUUCAAGGCUGAGUUUCCCGUCUUUGACAAGGUUGAUGUGAAUGGUGACAAGGCUGAUCCACUCUACAAGUAUCUAAAAUCAAGCAAAGGUGGACUCUUCGGGGAUAAUAUCAAAUGGAACUUCUCCAAGUUCCUUAUUGAUAAGGAGGGGAAGGUUGUUGAUCGCUAUGCACCCACAACUUCUCCUCUGAGCAUUGAGAAGGACUUGCUGAAGUUGUUGGAUGCAUGA